UCGUUAUUUUCAGUUGAACUCGUAUCUUCGUAUGUCUUGUGCGGGCGCAGAGUACUGGCUUAUUUGCUUCAGCCGAUGUUUUGACCAGACCAGGACAAGAAAUGCCCUGGCUGUCGCGACACUGUCGUCCCCUAACCUAACCACCCAGCAGCAGCAGCACUAACCGUAGCCGUAGAGAGCCGAACCGAGACACCAAAUAAUAACAACACGGAGCAGAGCACAGUACCAGACCGCGAUUAGCCCGACUAUCACGCAGUUCAACUGCAGCUCAGCGGAGGAGAGUAACUACAUAAGCAACAUUAACAUUAACAGAACAGGAACGUGUGUGCAUACAUCAGAUUGGAUUGGAUUGUGAUUGAAACGAAACGCUAGAAUAAAAUAAACCCAAGCCACAUCCUAGUGCGCAAUUAAUCUCGCCAUUGCAUUGCACUUGGAAGCUGUGAGAAAAAUUCAACGAUAACGUGAUAGCAUUGAGGAAUAUCCUCAAUAAAAUUAAGCAAAUCAACAAAACUGCAAUACGUAAAAUAAACACUCGAACUGUGAGUGUACGUGCGUGUUAGUGUGUGUAUGUGUAGUAGACCACCAAUCCAAUCUAUUAAAUACAGUGCAUUUAUGUAUAAAUUAAUAUAAUGCUCAGCUGAGAGUGUGCAUAAAAAAACUUAUAUAUACAUACAUACAAAUACAUAUACAUAUAUAAGUAUAAACCCAUUACACAGACGCAACGCGAAGCGAACGUGAGUCUUGGAAACAAAAAAUAAAUAAAUAUCGAGGAACCAGUUUCACCUUGAGCACACACAUUCACAUUAACAAUCACAAUCAAAGAAGACAGAGUAUCUGUGUGUGCGCGAGUAUAUUGUUAAAUGAAACAGCACGAUCGGUCGACUGCGAAUACAUAAUCGUACAUACGUACAUAAGUUACAUGCAUAAACAUGCACAGCGCAGGGUAAUGUGCGGUUAAAAUGCUAACCGCUCUAUUUAAUAACACCCGAUAAAAUUUGAAGAAACCGACCCUUAUCACCAUCUAUAGCUUAAGCUACAGCUAAAACUACGACGAGUGCACCACCAAGAAAUACCAAAAUCAAAACUCAAACCAAUACCACUGCCAGCCCAGACCAAUAAAUGUGUAUCCAUUACUGCGAAUGCUGCUGCAGAUCUAGACAAACGCACUUGGAUUAAACUAACCUAAGUGUGCGAUGCACCCCACUGACACAGCGCCCCACACGCUUCAAAUUUGAGAUACAAGUGGAAAGAUGAUAGCUGAGCCAGCUCAGGGAACUCUUGACACCAACACCGAUACUGUUAGUAUUGCAACCACCCCAAUAAACUCAGCCCCAACUCAGCCGAUACGGAUACGGAUACGUACGACAACGAGUACAACACAAAGCGGGCAAGCUAUUACUCAUUCGACGACGGCUGUGGCUGGGACUCUGCCCGCGCCUGUGUCCGCGCCUGUUGCUGCAGCUGCAGCUGCAUCCAGAUCAAGAUCCAGCAUGGACAACGACAGAUCUCCAGCGCAGGGCACUCCCGACAUGACAGUCAACAUGGGCCUCGACUCCAGUGUGGUAUUUGGAUCCGCACGGGUGCCUCAAAAUUCCAGUACCCCGUAUUCAGAUGCAACUCAAACGAAGAAACAUUCUCCCGGCCAUAUCAAGAGACCUAUGAAUGCCUUCAUGGUAUGGAGUCAAAUGGAACGGCGAAAGAUUUGCGAGCGAACGCCAGACAUGCAUAACGCCGAGAUAUCCAAAGAACUGGGCAGACGAUGGCAGCUCCUGAGCAAAGAAGACAAGCAGCCGUAUAUUGGUGAGGCUGAGCAGCUCAGGAAGCUGCACAUGAUCGAGUAUCCCAACUACAAGUACAGGCCACAAAAGAAGCAGUCGAGAUCUCCGGGAGCGCUGAAGCAGAAUCCGGAUGCGGAUGGCAGCGAAAUUAAAAAUGACACACAGAAUGCCACAUUGGCGACUAUUGCAAUUAAUGGAACACCCACUGCCGGUCGGAAAAGCAAAAGAUCUACCUCUACAUGUCAAACUGGUUCAGUUUCGAAACGUAUAAGAAAUAGUGACAAUACGGGUGAUACUUCGAAACCUAAAUACAAUCUUAAUGUAAAUGAAACUGUGAAAGCUCCGAUGGAGCAGCACAAUCCCGUUGAUAUUAUGUUACCGUCAACCGAUAAUCUUUUAAGCUAUCAAUCAUCUGAAUAUUUACCUCUGAACACAACUAGCAAUGCUGAUUGUGAUCUACAGCUACACUCAGACCUAAGUGCUGGUCAACUGCGGGAUCUGUCCGCCAAUCAACGUGAGAAUUUAGCCGAGUAUUUCCCAAAUUUCGCCAGCUCCACCGACAACGAGGACUCCCAGCUGGAAGUGAACUCCUCGUCCAUCAGCCACCACAGCCACCAGCACAAUCAAUCGGAUCCAGCACCAGGACUGAUGAAUGCCAGCGACGGUGUCCGGGAGUAUUUGCCAUUCUGUGACGAGUCUCUGAUGGAAGUGAACUCUGCCAACAACAAUCGGAGCAAUGCUCACAUUUUAAAUGUGAUAGAGUCCCACGCAAGCUUCUCGGAUAGCAAUUAUAUCAUUGAGCCCGUGUUCGACUCGGAAGACAACAUAGUAAACGAUGCCAAUUUGCAUUCGGCCAGCCAUCAAAUACCUCCGUAUGUGCCUGAAAAUCACGAGUGCUUUGCCGAAGACUGCAAUGCUGGCGGUGGCGACAACUCGUCCUCUCACCAAGUAGAAUUCGAAGUCCAACCGCAAACUGUGACAAUGAACAUCGAGAUACAUAACAGCACUCUUCCAUACGGGGGAGAUGGCGGGCACACAUUCCAAAAUGACGAUUUCAAUCCGAUACCGUCGGCAGCCGAGGACAGCGACAGCAGCAUACUAACCGCCUCCCAUUCGCCACAAAUCGGCUUCUGUAGCAGCAGCAUAAGCAAUAGUUUCGUUGAAUCGGACGCUAUCAACAUUUAUCGUACAUACACAAACCAAGACUACACCGGAAAUGUAAUUGAAACAAACAUUGAUCUCAACUGCACCGCACAUGAUAACAACGGAGAUCUUCUAGCUCUCACAGUUGAGGACUUUCCGCCUCAGCCAACUGGUAGUCAUUUAGAGUUUAACACUAACAAAUACGAGUUUUUCAAGUUAUUAUAAAAUGUGAGAAAUAGCCCUAAGUUUUGUGUAAUUUAUAACUAAUACUAUGCAUAAUUAUACGUUUGUAAUUUUA